AUGGCUCAUUGUUUCGGCGGCCGCCAGCCGCCGAUGUAUCGAUUGGCGCUGUUCGAGCUGGAGCUGGCGGGCUGCAACGAGGUGACGGAAGCGGGCCUGUGGGCGUGCCUGACGCCGCGCAUCGUCUCGCUGACCCUGUCCGACUGCAUCAACGUGGCCGACGAGGCGGUGGGCGCCGUGGCGCAGCUGCUGCCCUCGCUGUACGAGUUCUCGCUGCAGGCCUACCACGUCACCGACGCCGCGCUCGGCUAUUUCUCGCCCAAGCAGAGCGGCUCGCUCUCCAUCCUGCGCCUGCACAGCUGCUGGGAGCUCACCAACCACGGCAUCGUCAACAUCGUGCACUCGCUGCCUAACCUGACGGUGCUGAGCCUGUCGGGCUGCAGCAAGAUCACGGACGACGGGGUGGAGCUAAUCGCCGAGAACUUGGGCAAGCUGCGGUCGCUCGACCUGUCGUGGUGCCCGCGCAUCACGGACGCCGCUCUCGAGUACAUCGCCUGCGACCUCAACCAGCUGGAGGAGCUCACGCUGGACCGGUGCGUGCACAUCACGGACAUCGGCGUCGGCUACGUGUCCACGAUGCUGUCGCUGUCGGCACUGUUCCUGCGCUGGUGCUCACAGCUGCGGGACUUCGGCCUGCAGCACCUGUGCGGCAUGCGUAACCUGCAGGUGCUCUCUCUGGCAGUACCUUUAACAAGUACAGUGCAGUUUGUUGGUACCACUGACUUGAUGGAGUUUAAUGCACUAUCCAGCGAGACUCCUACUGAAUUAAUGUUGUAG